AUGGCCACUACUGCUAUGGACUACGAGUCCGCCAACGGCGACCGUUACGAUGACGAUGGUGCUCGCUAUGACCGUCGCAGCGCCUCGCCCCGUGCGUCCCGUGAGGACGACCCCGUUGAGAGCUCGCGUCGCAGAUCUGCCUCGCCCGGUGCCAACGCCGACCGUGCCCCUAAGCAUGACAACGGCAGCCGUGGUGGCGAUGACGAUGAUGGAGCUAUCAACCCUGGCUCCAACCUUUUUGUUACCGGCAUCCACCCCAGACUCUCCGAAGCUGAGGUUACGCGCCUCUUCGAGAAGUACGGCGAGGUCGAGAAGUGCCAGAUCAUGAAGGACCCCCACACCAAGGAGUCGCGUGGCUUCGGCUUCGUCAAGAUGGUCACCUCCGACCAGGCCGACGCUGCCAAGGAUGGCCUCCAGGGUGAGGUCAUCGAGGGUCGCACCUUGAGCAUUGAGAAGGCCCGUCGUGCUCGCCCUCGCACUCCUACUCCCGGCAAAUACUUUGGCCCUCCCAAGCGUGAGGGUGGUGGCGGUGGCCGUCCUCGCUUCGACGAUCGUCGUCGUGGUGGUGGCUAUGGUGGCCGUGACGACUCUUACCGAGGAUACCGUGGCGACCGUGGCUAUGGCGGCCGUGAGGACCGUGGCUAUGGUGGCCGCGAGGAGCGUGGUUACCGUGAUGACCGUGGCUACAGCGGUGGUCGUGACGAUCGCAGCUAUGCCCGCCGCGAUGACCGUGGUUAUGACCGCGGCUACAGUGGUGGCCGUGAGGACCGUGGCUACGGCGGUGGCCGUGGAGGCGAGGAUCGUGGUUACAGCGGCGGUCGUGAGGAGCGUAGCUACGGCGGCGGCCGUGGAGGCGAGGACCGUGGUUAUAAUGGCCGUGAUGACCGCAGCUAUGGCAGCGGUCGUCGUGACCGCGACGAUGGUGGCUACGCCGAUGCUGGCGCUCGGGCUGAACCCCGCGACACUUACAGUGGUGCCCAGUAA